UUUUUUUCUUUCAUUCUCUAAGCGAACAGUCGAACGUCUUCCCCAUUACUCGACCAGUCCAACAUAUACCUGUUCGACCUUGAUCACACUUGUACUGCACCGACCGGCACUUCAAUUCGGCGUCGCCUCCUCCUCCACCCGGUCGAGAGAGAUUGACCCACUAUCUCGUCACCUGUCAAUUGCGAUCGAGACGCAACCCGACCCAAUUGCUUAUUGAUCUGUUGCCCAACACGGCGUCCCGAACCGCGCCUGAACCACCUCCCGUCUCUUCUUGCUGACGCUUAAGAGACGUUCUGGAUUGUACUAUUUUGCGACUGAGACCGACCCGCCUUCCAACAUGGCGCAGAACCGCCCAACAGCGGCCUUCAACACCCUCCGCAUGGGAGAGGUUAUUCGUGAAAAGGUACAGGAUGGAGUAACGGGUGAAACGAGAGAUCUACAAUAUACGCAAUGCAAAAUCGUCGGUAAUGGUUCCUUUGGUGUCGUCUUCCAGACGAAGCUUUCGCCGUCGGGUGAAGAUGCGGCAAUCAAGCGUGUGCUUCAGGACAAGAGGUUCAAGAAUCGUGAACUCCAAAUUAUGCGCAUCGUUCGACAUCCCAACAUCGUGCAGUUGAAGGCCUUUUAUUACUCCAACGGGGAACGAAAGGAUGAGGUUUACCUCAACCUGGUACAAGAAUUUGUACCCGAGACCGUCUACCGAGCCUCGCGUUUCUUCAACAAAAUGAAGUCGACUAUGCCGACUCUUGAAGUUAAACUUUACAUCUAUCAACUUUUUCGUGCCCUCGCCUACAUCCACUCCCAAGGUAUCUGCCAUCGCGAUAUCAAGCCGCAGAACCUUCUCCUCGACCCUAACACAGGUGUGCUGAAGUUGUGUGACUUUGGAAGCGCAAAGAUCUUGGUCGAAAACGAGCCCAAUGUCUCGUAUAUUUGCUCCAGAUACUACCGAGCUCCCGAGCUCAUCUUUGGUGCUACUAAUUAUACCACAAAAAUUGAUGUCUGGUCGACGGGUUGUGUUAUGGCUGAAUUAAUGCUGGGCCAACCUCUUUUCCCCGGAGAAUCCGGUAUCGACCAGUUGGUAGAGAUUAUUAAGGUGCUAGGAACUCCAACCCGCGAGCAGAUUCGUACUAUGAAUCCGAACUACAUGGAGCAUAAAUUCCCGCAAAUCAAGCCUCACCCGUUCAGUAAGGUGUUCCGGAGGGCAGAUGCAAACGCUCUGGAUUUGAUAGCGAGGUUGCUGGAAUACACCCCAACGGAACGCCUCGGGGCUAUCGACGCGAUGGUGCACCCUUUCUUCGAUGAGCUACGGGACCCUAGCACUAAGCUUCCGGAUUCACGGCAUGCAAGCGGUCAAUUACGGGAUUUGCCUAACCUGUUCGACUUCUCGAGGCAUGAAUUAUCUAUUGCACCACAAAUGAACCCUAAGCUUGUUCCUCCUCAUAUCAAGCCCGUCUUGGCAUCUCGCGGUCUUGAUAUAGAUAACUUCACGCCUUUGACAAAACAAGAAAUGAUGGCUAAGUUAGACUGAAUUUCGGUCUCUACUUAUGCUCUCGUUUCACAUAUUUAUGCAUCAUCGCCCGGGAUUUCGCUACAGCAUUCACUCACUGGCUGAGCCUAUAAAUGGCUCGAAUUUAAUCGGAUCGAUGUUCAAAAGAACUAUCGAACCGGAAACGGCGACUUCUCACAACCCCGGCAUGCUUUUAAGUGGUAAAGCAUGAUGAAAUCCAGGGACAAUCCAAUGUAAAGUUCGAAAGGCUGGGUUCUCCAGAAAUAUGGCGUGCUGUGGAAUUUUCCGGGGUGCCGGAAAGGCU